AUGGAAUUUUUUCACUCUGGAUCCGAUUCUGAUGGUGAAAGUACAAGCAUUCGAAAGAGUAGUACUAGUUAUCAAGCGCUAGCAGAGAAACCGCAGUUUAGUCUGAAACAGGUGCGGAUGAUCUGCGAGCGUCUCCUCAAAGAACAGGAAAUGCGCCUUCGAUACGAGUAUGAAAUUGCAUUGAACCAAAAAUUGGAUGAACAACACGAGCAGUACGUUCAAUUUGCCAGUGAGCAAAUGGCAUCACAAUACAAGGAGAAUUCUGCUGGCGAAUUUUCGUAUCUUUCAUGA